CCAGUUUCCUGAUGCUUCUAAGGUUGAUAACGGGAAAACACCAAACUGUCAGUCUGUCUAUUAAGGCUGAUUAGUUGCCUUAAUAGACAACUAAUAGAUAACAGGAAAACACCAAACUGUCAGCAUUUUAUUUCGCUGUUCUGUAUGCUUCUCUUGUGCUUUAUGUUAUCUCAUGUCAACGCAGGCCUCAUGAGCUGGAAUGCUUUUGGGUUGGGAGUAAUGAAAUGCUUAGCGACCAAAGUUCAUCAGAUGAUAUCAUUGUGGCUCGCAAUGCUUUUGGCUAUCGUGAAUCUAUGCUUGGAGUGGCAAUUGGGCUCGCCAUCCCUCUUUGGAGGACUGGUGCACCAAUUCGCUUUUCUUUCAGUACUUUCUUUGAUGGUUUUGCCAGUGUUGCGCUCUCAUGGUUCCCAAAAAAAAAAAACUGGCCAGCUGCUGCCAUCAUCUCAGAGAACCCGAUCGAAACAUGCACCCGACAUAUAAAUCCUGUACGGACCGGAUACGGCCUUAAUGGUUUGGUUCUUUACAAACGAAACCGGAUGAUCACCGUGUGGCUUUCUGCUCGAUCCGGUGAAUGCGAGUGAGGGAUGGAUAUGCUUUCCCCCUUCGUUCGCUAAGAGCUUUGGGAAACUCGGGAAGAGCUCGAGCAGAAAGAUAUAGCUGGCGCAAGACGAGCUCAAGUAGAAAGAUAUAGUUGGUGAAAACCCUGUGCUCAAGCAGAAAGAUACAGUUGGCACAAGACCAUCAUCCCUUUGCUUUGUGUGUUUGGCUUGACCUUAUAGAAGAGUUCCGCCUCCGUCCUCAUUUGUAGUUACUGGUACCUAACUUGCUUGCCAUAUAUGAUUCUCUUACUUGACUUCAUACUCGCCCUGGAGCUCAAAGUCCGGCGAUGAACCUCGAUGUGCUCAGCGAGUAAGUAGUAUUGCGAGAGUUUGAGUAAACAAGCAACAGAGGACCAAGCGGAGCGGGAAAGGUUUGAUUGUUCUGUUAGAUCUGGGGUGCCAAUAGAAGUAUUAUGAUUUGGCCGAGCAAUCAACGGAAAGAAAGCGCCUGCAUCUUCACAAUACGGCUAAUCGGGAAAGCACCGAUAGAAUUCAAUAUCACUUGAGCAGGUAAGGCGGAGAAGGGAGUUAAUGCCGGGAGAGCGGCUGGGAGGAGAGGGGACCGGGCGGCGAUCGUGGCGGCAAUGGAUGAGUCAGAGGACAGUCCUAGUCGCGGCGGUGGUCGCAGCGGCAAAAGAAUCCACCGUGAAUGGACUCGGGAAAGGAAACGUAGGGGAAGAACGAAGAAGGGGUGUGGUUCGAUGGUUGGCCGCGGAGGGCAUCCCGUGAUUUGCGCCCGACGGAGAUCUGCAAGAGGAUGUCUUCGCACUAUUUUGGGUAAAGGUUCGGUUUUUCUUUUCGGCUUUGUUUCCAAUAGGUUCUUAUCAUUCUUCUUUGCCAAUUAUAGGCAGUCAUCCUGCUCUGUUUUCCUCUCAGAGAGGGAAGGCGGAGGAGGAGGAAGGACUGUCUUUUCUUUUUCGCUUAUUGUCAUUGUUUUUGUGAAUCAGGCUCCGUUCGAGGUACUUUUUGCAGCCCUUCUGAGAUUUUUAUUACCUUUUUGUUUGGUGGAAUUAUGCCGAAGAUGCCUUGAAUAGACAACAAGCCUUGGUGCCACGAUAAGAUUGCUUCUAGCUGGGAGUCAAGAGGAAAUAUUUGCUUGAUGCUGUAAUGUGGAACUUUAAGACCUGAUUCAGACAUUGCUUAUGGAUUCUGAACAUGGGAGAGAAAGUUCUGAAUAUUACAAUGCAAAUCAAGGGCAUGAAAAGGCUGGUAUUUCCGGUGUCAAGGUUGAUAACCCUGAUCUGCCCAAGCCAGCAAUUAAGCCUAAAACUGUGAAAGAAAGAUCAUGCUCAAAUUCCUCUUCUUCAAGCACUUCAUCAGAGGAGGAAUUCUUCCAGUUAGAUGCAAGUGAGCUUGGCAAGCCAAUGGCAGUUGUUCAUGAGAUGCAAAGAAACGACUUGCAACCUUCACUUCGUGUGGAAAAUACACAAGUAGAAGCAGGUCUAGGCUCAAGUAAAGGGCCAACAGAAAUAUCAUUCUCUUCCUAUGAUUCUAAUGGCAGUCCUGGAUCUGAUAAUUCUGGCAAUGCUGGAACAAAGCAGUCUCCUCCGGUUCAAUCAAUGUAUAGAUCAGAUGUCCCUGAUCCAAAUAGGAUACCUUCUUCUGUAUUCGCAAGGACAAAGUCCACUACACCAAUGGAAUGGAGCGUGGCUUCUAAUGAAUCGUUGUUCAGUAUCCAUAUGGGAAAGUCUGGAGAUCUGACCGGCUUAUAUGGUAGCCAAUUGGACGGUUAUCCUCCAAUUUCUCCCAUGGCUGACAUUACCCCCACAAAACGUAGAGCAGGACCUGGUUUACAACAAACAGUUGAAUACGGAGCAGCAGAUGAUGAAGCUAUGAAGGAUGAUGUUUUAAAGACAACCAUCGAGGAGAAUGCUGAAAAUGACAAAUCUCGUGCAACUGAUGGUAUUCGUCAUUCUGAUAGCACAUCUCAGUUUUCUGAUGGUGGCAGUGUGAACAGCUAUCGUUCUUUUGCAUUUCCAAUAUUGACUGCUGAAGGAAGAAAUGGGUCUGUGAAAGAAUCAGUGCGUCCUGCAUUUCAAAAGGAACAGCUCGAGCAGCCUCUACCACAAACAGAGCAUCAAGAAGCAGAGCCUCCAAAAGAAGAACCAGUUGCUGCCCAGAAGACGUGGCUUUCGUGCUUUUCUUGUUGCUCAUCACGUUGCUGACUUAGUGAGCAAUAAAGCAACCUGAUUAUUCCUUUAAAUUCUAUGUGGUUCAUCCACUUCUUUCCAUGUGAAUUGAUGAAUUAGGAUAAGCUAAUUGUGUUCAGAUAUUACUUUGGCUGAUCCAUCAAACAUGGAAAAGAAUGUAAUUCAUUGUGUAUUUCUCUGAGAGAAAAACAUCAGGAUGUCUCUUUCAUGGCAGACAAAUGGUGAAGUUGGAUGGAUAAACCUUUUACUUUGAUGCCAAAAUGGAAGAAAUGAUAUGCAUAUAUACAUGUCGGAUUUAAGACUGACUCGUUAAUUAGGAGUCUCGAAAACUUGUAAUCGUUUGCUAAAUUAUAUGCUACUUUGUUCUCUCA